UUAGCUCAAAUAGCUGGAGAUAUGAUCCAGCAACUCCAACUCCCUAAAUUUGCGUUUCUUUUUUCAAAUUCAAACAAUUAUUGAACAAUCGUUUACUCCUCUCUCUCAAUUUUGAUCCUAGGGUUUGUUUUUUGUAUCAACAAUAUCAACCCCUCAUUUUUGUUGCUUCAAUAUUGAUGAUCUAUAAACACAUUCACGCAAUUCCGUUAUCCGCCCCUCAAUUCCAGCUCAAUUUGAUGAAAUUCCCCCAAUUCCAAUUGCAUCAACGAAUCUCCCCCAAUUUCUGAGCGCGUUUCUGUGCGGGGGCGGUUUCGAUCUGCUAAUCGCAGGAUCAGCAGGAAUGAUCGAUUCCCAAGGCAAUUUUUCGAAUUCGUGUUUUGAUCAUAAUGAAGGCUACUGAAAUCCUGCGCAGUUCGUCGGCUCCCAACGCUUUGUUCGAGUCGUUUUCAACGUCGUCUGCGCCUUCGAUUUCCAUGGCGGCGCCGCGGGGCUUGUACGCGGAGAGCGGGAGGGCGUUGGAUGAGGACAGGGAGAGGAAUGCGGAUUCGCCGACGGACAAGAAAUACAGGGCGGAGAAAUCGCCGCCCUCGAGGUGGGAAUUCGUGGCGGCGUUGGGGGUAUUUCUGUCAUUUUCGUCGGCUUUGUUGUUUAUUUACCUUACGAUGCCCGCAGCGGAUUACGAUAUCCUCAAGCUACCUCGCACUCUUGCAGAUCUUCGCUUGCUCAAAGAUCAUCUUGGAAGUUAUGCCCGACACUACCCAGCAAAGUUCAUUCUUGGUUACUGUUCGACAUACAUAUUCAUGCAGACAUUUAUGAUACCAGGGACAAUUUUCAUGUCCUUGCUAGCUGGAGCUCUUUUUGGAGUUGGCCGAGGCCUAUUUUUGGUUGUCUUUAAUGCCACUGCUGGUGCAUCGUCUUGCUAUUUUCUGUCUAAACUAAUUGGCAAACCCAUUGUUCUCUGGUUGUGGCCUGAAAAGCUGCGAUACUUUCAGACAGAGAUAGGGAGGCAUAGAGACAAGUUGCUCAACUACAUGCUCUUCCUGAGAGUUACCCCAACAUUGCCCAAUCUUUUCAUCAAUUUGGCUUCACCAAUUGUAGAUAUCCCAUUUUAUAUCUUCUUUCUUGCAACUGUCAUCGGUCUCAUACCAGCCUCCUAUAUUACUGUCAGUGCUGGUCUUGCGCUUGGAGAUCUAAAGUCGGUGAAAGAUCUAUACGAUUACAAGACCUUGGCUGUGCUCUUCCUUAUUGGGUCUGUUUUAUUAUUUCCAACCCUCCGGAAGAGAAAAGCGAGUGUAUGAAUGGAUCGGGUCGUGUAUUUCCUCCCGUCACAGAGGAGUCCUGGGAACACAAGGAUUCCUUCAUUUGGGUGAGUAUUGAAGGCUAUUCAUUUUUUGUUAGAAGAUAACACAGCAGAAAUUGUGAGAUUUUACAUUGAGACAUGAAGCAACACAUGAUGUUGCUGUAUGUAUAUAUAUUUAUUCAACUCAAAUUUCUAAUGUCAGAUUAUAGAAUAGUUAUUCUUGUGUUUGAUCCAUACAUCAUUAUUCAGGGGGUAUACUAUUCUCAUA